UGCUUUACAAAAUGUCCGCUGAAGACUGCUUCAGUUAUAUAGUGCAAAAUGAGAAGCACAGAAGAGCACGCAAUUGGACAGAUUCAGAAAUGAAAGGGCUUCUGUACAUCUGGGAAGAGUACGUCACUGAGCUCAAGAAGGCCAAACGCAAUGCUAAGAUCUACGAAAUGAUGGCUAAGCGACUGUAUGACCUGACCGGCGAACACCGUCACAGGGAGGAGAUAAAGAUGAAAAUCACCAAUAUGACAUUCCAGUACAGGCAAGUGAAGCUGAAGCACACAGCCAGUGGUGGUAGUGGCACGCCUGACUGGCCAUAUUACAAGUCCAUUGAGAGGAUUUUGUCCAAAAUACCAGAGCAGACCCAUAUGAGCCCACUGGACCCUCAAAUCACUGGAGCAUCAACUUCACAACCUGAACCCUCUGUAUCCCAAGCUGGGACGCCAGUCAUAGGCUUUCUACCUGAGUACACUGGCUCCUCAGAGGAAAGGGAGGUCAAAGAGGAGGACGAUGAGGGGACAGAGGUCUCUGUGAGUUCCUUCGAGUCCAGGCCUAUGAAGAGACCGAGAUUGCCACACGGUACAUCACUGCGCCGCAGGAAGUUGCGUGUGAUGGAAGCGAUGCUGAAAGAGCAGAGGAAAAUGAGCCGUGCUGUGGAGGACACAUGCCGAGAAGUGCGACGUGUAAUGCACCAGCAAAACUUCCUGCAGGUACAAAGCCUGCAGCUCCAGGAACGAAUGAUGAACUUGCUCGAGAAGAUGAUCCCAUCCACACCCUAUCUUACAAAUACACAUACCUGAGUGUAACCCAUUUAUAAGCUCCACAUAAACUGGUAUUCACAGCUUCAUAAUGCUUUUUGUGGAUCAGCAGCAAAGCUAUUGAAAUACAUAGUUCUGUUUAAUUUGCAAUUGUUUGAUUUGACAGCAAGUGGGGAAGGUGGAAGAUCACAAAGCUGCUAUAGCCAAUGGUCUCACAUCUCAUUAACAUGACUCAGAGUUUUGAAGUGUAUUGAGUGUGCAGGUGUACAAAACUCAAUAUAUGACAAUCUAAAGUAUCUUACAUGAGAGGAACACAGCACUAAUUGAAAUAAACACACAGAACUUGUUUACUAUUGCAUCUUUGGUACUAUAUUGUUUAAGUAUUGUUAGAGGAUUUCAGAUGUUACUCUAAGAUGCUAUACAUAAUGAUAACAUUUUAUUCAACUGUGUGAUUUUCUUUAAAAAAAAAAAAAAAAAAAGACUUUAUUUUGUAACAUCUGUAAAGCCUUAUAUAAACUGUUGUCUGCCUGGUU